CUCGCCCAGCCCAGAGAUAUUAUUUGACUACCAGAAGGCCUGCUCUCUGACCAGGCUCGUGCACAAAAGACACGAUGCAUGCUUAGCCAUCACUCACGCUACCCAAGCGAACCUCCAACACUCUUCCGCUGCGUCUGGGGCCUUCUCCGUGGCUGACUUUCGUAUUUCGUAUUCGAUUCCCUGUUGCCUGAGUUCAAGAGUCCGGUGUGCCGCUUCACCAUCGAAUCGAGGUGCGCCAUUGUCACUGCGUCAGCCUUUCCGCCUGCGGGAACCACACCUAUACUGCGUGAAAAAGAUCCCCGACUUAUAGAGGCAAGGUCCAGCUGGUGGUCCCUCUCCACAACUGCGAGCCUCCCUGGAACUCCGGCGAUUGAGCCUAGCUUGCGCCAUUGCAAAAUCCUCCCUGUACGAUGACCUCUGCGGAAGAUAGCGAGGUGCAGCAGAGUGCCUUAGAAGAGGUAAAUGGUCAAUAUGCCGAAGGUGCAAAUGAUGCCGUUCCUCGGCCGAAGAGAAUCGCGUGCAUACUGUGCAGAAAAAGAAAGCUAAGGUGCGAUGGAAACAAACCAAGCUGCGGAACCUGUUCGAGAUUGAACCACCAUUGCGAAUACUCCGAGGAACGAAAGAAGAGUGGGCCAAAGAGAGGCUAUGUCAAGUUACUGGAACAGCGCCUUAAACAAGUGGAAAAUCUGCUGGAAUCAAGAGACACCCCAGCAGAAUCCACCAGUCAAGCAUCCAGACCUUCGACCAUCCCAGCUCCAGAGUCCUACCCAUCAAUGGCUUCACUGGACAUUCCGAACCUGGGCACGAGCGGCGAUACCUCAAUGUCGGGCAUGAUAGAUCCCACUUUCACCGAUCCAGCCCUCAAUGGCAUCCAGGACUUCGCUGGCAUGAAUGUCAGCGAUGACUUUUCUUGGGAGAUGAUUGGCCUAGGAUUGGAAGAAGCGUUGCCCUCACGCGACGUUAUCGACGAACUAAACGAAAUCUACUUCGAAAAGGUUCAUCCUUCAAUGCCGAUGAUUCACAAGGCCAGAUUCCUGUCAUCAAUGGACCUUGCUCCCCAUAUGCGACCAGCGGUAUGUCUGAGAUAUGCCAUGUGGACGCACGCAUGUAUCAUCACCCCCAAGUAUUCUGCUUACACGGAACAUUUCUAUGCGAGAGCGAGAAAAUACGCUGAGGCAGACGAGAUGCGAGGCCACGGUGAAAGCAUGAUUACCAUCGCACAUUGCCAGGCGUGGACUCUCCUGGGUUGCCAUGAGUUCAAGCUCAUGUAUUUCCCCAGAGCUUGGAUGAGUAUAGGGCGAGCUUCCAGGUUGGCGCUCAUGAUGGGUCUGCACCGACAAGACCGUGUUGGUCUGGAUGUUAAGCAAACACUGCCUCCGCCGCGUGACUGGACGGACCGGGAAGAGCGACGACGGACAUUCUGGAUGGCAUAUUGUCAAGACCGUUAUGCCAGUAUAGGGACGGGAUGGCCCAUGGUCCUUGAUGAGCAAGACAUUCUUACGAACCUACCAGCCAGUGACGAAGCAUUCCACAAGGGCCAGCCGGAGACCACAUUACAACUAUCAGACAUACUAAAGGGAGACGGUACUUCUUCGCUAUCGUCUUUCGGAGCUGUCAUACUCCUGUCAACCCUCUUCGGCCGUAAUCUCACCCACCUUCAUCGACCCGACGAACACGAGAACGACCAUGAUCUCAACGGAGCUUUCUGGAAGCGACAUCGCGCAUUGGACAAUAUUCUUCUCAACACGUCUCUUUCUCUCCCCGCUAAUCUUCGCCUUCCUGCUGGAAUCAGUGACCCGAACACGGUCUUCGUCAAUAUGAAUCUUCAUACUGCCACGAUCUGUCUACACCAGGCUGCCAUAUUCAAGGCCGAUAAAAAUCGGUUACCUGCACAGAUAAGUGCCGAAUCAAAGCGUCGCUGCAUAGUCGCCGCCGACCAAAUCACCAAUACCAUGAAAAUGAUUAGCCACAUGGAUAUGGCUUUGAUGAACCCUUUCCUAGCAUUCUGCCUCUACGUCGCCUCGCGCGUAUUUGUCCAAUACUUAAAGGCCCGAAGGGAAGACACAGCAGUCAAAUCUUCCCUGCACUUCCUGCUCGCGGCCAUGCACGUGCUGAAGACGAAAAAUCCUUUGACGGAGUCAUUCCUGGUGCAACUUGACGUGGAUCUUGAAGGCAGUGGCCUCGAUCUACCUAGCAACUACUCGCGCUGGAAAUUUGGUCGCCGUCCACUCGGCGAGGUCCCAGCUAACACAGAUGCCCUGAAAUGCACACCGCUUUUCGAGAUCCGCCAGACUCAGAAUGUCGGCGACCCCACAAACAGACCAAAUGUCCAUCCGCAGUGGCGGAACGAUGCCCAUCCCAACCUGUCCGAUAUGAACAAUUCAUACCCGAGCCUAUACGGCACAGACGGGUCGGGUAUUGGCCCACAAGUGAGCCAAGCUGGUGGGAGCUCGUCUAAUGAUGGGUUUGAGAAUAUUUACGGAUUUUCUAUGCACUCUGUUGGCACUGAGCCCUCGCCGCAGAAUUCAAAUCAAGAUGGUUCAGGCUCGCGAUCGCAAUCGAAUCAUCCCACGCCAUCAACGGCGUCGAAUCAUAAUUCUUCGCAUACGUCGUAUACUUCGCCACCAAUGAAUCAGACUGGAGCGAGCAAUACUACCGGUAGCACGCACUCUCAGCAAUCGCCGGGUUUCCCAUUUUCUACGCAGGACAGCUGGAAUCUGGCUGGUUCGAAUCAGAUGGGUGCGGGCUCGUCAACGAACCAAGCUCAGAACAUCAAUAUACCGAGUAUGGGAAUGACUCCUGGCCCGACGGGGAUGACCCCGAACCCUACGGGAAUGACACCUAAUCCGACGGGAAUGACCCCGAACCUGGAUUCGUUUUGGCCUCCCGAGGGUAUGAGCGAUGGGAACGAUUGGAUGUUUGGAUGGCCCGGCUCGACGCCACAGCCCUAAUCUUGGGUCGACCGUGCAAGAUGAUCUUCAACGGAACCUCAUAAUGAAUACCUAUAUUGAAUUAUGUAUAUACCAAAAUGUGAUACCCCUGGGAUUUUCGGACAACC